GGAGCUCGACCAACGGGAGCGCGCUCUGCCCACCUCCUUCCCCCAGCAACAGGCUCUCCGGAUGGGCGGGGCCAGAGGAGCUCCGCCUCCGGACGCCUCAUGAAUAAUGCACGAGGGGGGCGUGGCGGCGGCGGAGGCCCCGGCGGCCCAGGCGCGGAGGGGGAGACGGUCCCAAGAUGGCGGCGCUGCAGGCGGAGCGCGGGUACGGGCUGUCCUGCGGCCGGCUGGGCCGCGGCACCCGCGUCUCCGUCUUCCACGUGAAGCUGACGGAGAGCGCCCUGCGCGCCUUCGAGAGCUACCAGGCGUGUAAGGAUACUGUGACUUCAAAACCGGUAAUCCAGUUUCAAGGGAGCCAAGGGCACAUCGCAAUUCCCAGGCCGGACCGCCCGAGCGAACUGCGGACUUUCACGUUUUAUCUUUCCAACAUUGGCAAGGACAGCCCCCAGGGCAGCUUUGACUGCAUCCAGCAGUAUGUGUCCAGCAAUGGCAACAUCCACCUGGAUUGCCUGGGGAGCAUACAGGAUAAGAUCACUGUGUGUGCCACGGACGACUCGUACCAGAAGGCACGGCAGAGCAUGGCGCAGGCAGAGGAGGAGACGCGCAGCCGGAGUGCCAUUGUCAUUAAGCCUGGGGGCAGAUAUGUAGGCAAAAAGGUUCAGGUGCGUAAGCCUGCACCAGGAGCUUCCGAUGCUGUUCCCUCCAGGAAGCGCCCAACGCCAGUCAACCUUGCCAGUGCAAUAAAGAGAGGCAAUAGCGCCAUUUCUCAGAGACCCUUCAAAGAUAGGGUUGUGCACUUACUGGCACUAAAGCCUUAUAAGAAACCUGAACUUAUUCUCAGAUUGCAGAAGGAUGGACUUUCUCAGCAGGACAAGGAUUUGCUGGACAACCUUCUGCAGCAGGUGGCAAAUCUGAGUGCCAAGGACAGCACUUUCACACUGAAAGACUGUGUCUACAAAGAGGUGCAGAAGGACUGGCCUGGCUAUUCCGAAGGAGACCAGCAGCUGCUGAAGAGGAUUCUCGUCCGGAAACUCUGUCAGCCCCAGAACAGCAGCGGGUUUCAAGGAGAAGCACCUUCCCUGAGUCCACCGAAAGACACCGCCAGCUCCAGCUCUCCUCCGCAGAAACGCUCCCAACCGCUGGAGUUCAUCGAUCCCUUGGCCAACAAGAAGCCCCGGAUCUCACACCUGGCUCACCGAGCUCAGCCCACCUUCAACGGGAAGCUGAACGCCAACGGGAAGGACGUCCCCGUCCCCAUCCCCGUCCCCGUCCCCUCUGCUGCGCUGCCGCCGGCGCUGCCGGAGUCGGUGAGCUCCAGCUCCAGCCUCCCGGAGCUGCCGCGGCCCCACGACCCGCUGGCCGACGUCAGCAACGACCUGAGCCACAACGGCAGAGACUGUGAGGGCACGGAGCCGGCCGACAGGCUGAGCCUCCCCGCGCCCACAGACUGUGCGCAGACGAGCAAACACAACUGCAGCUCGUAUGUAAAAAGCAAGAAAAAAUCCAAAAAGCACAAAGACAAAGAGAAGGAGAGGAAGGAGAAGAAAAGCGAGGAGAAAUGCAAAGAGGAGAAGCAGGACUGUGAAGUAAUAAAAAAUGCUGACUUAGUUAGUGUUCCGCAGGAGGCGCCAGGUUUAAAUGGGACAUGCAAUAACUCCAGUGUACCAACAUCAACUUCGGACAUGCCAGAUUAUUUAUUAAAAUACGCAGCCAUUUCCUCCUCGGAGCAGCGUCAGAGUUACAAAAACGACUUCAAUGCAGAAUACAAUGAGUACAGAGACCUGCACGCACGGAUAGAGCGGAUAACGCGGCGAUUCACACAGCUGGACUCCAAGCUGAAGCAGCUCUUGCAGGGCUCUGAAGAAUACAAGACCAUCCACGAUCAAAUUUUACAGGAAUAUCGGAAAAUUAAGAAGACCAAUCCCAACUACAGCCAGGAGAAGAACCGCUGCGAAUACCUCCACAACAAACUGGCCCACAUCAAAAAACUGAUAGCAGAGUACGACCAGCAGCAGUUCUGAGCGGUGGGACGGGGGGCACGGAGCUGCAGUGGGUGCUGCCAUCCCUUCUGUACAACCAUCAGAGAUGAGCAUCACUUCUUCGUGGCUGAAGAACUCGGGAUUGCUGGCGGGGGCACAGGACCUGCUCUGCUUUUGGCCUCUGAACGCCGGAAUGCAACCAAUGGAACUCUGCUUAUUUC